AAGUGCGCAACAAUUAGAGUAAGAGCUCAUGGCGACUCCAAAGUCGAAAAGAAAGCGAUACGAAGAAGAAGCAGAGGAGACUGAUCCAGGAGAUGCCAGGGAAGAGGCUCCAGCAAGCAAGAAGUACAGAAAAGACAAACCCUGGGACAGCGAGGACAUUGACCACUGGAAGACGGUGGUCAUCCAGCGAGGGGAGAUGCCUGGUCCGCUACUAGAGGAGAGCUCUUUCGCUACCCUCUUCCCUCGCUACCGAGAGAAAUACCUCCAGCAAGUCUGGCCCCAUGUAUCUCGCUCCCUCAAGGACCUUGGUGUGUCGUGUCGACUGGACCUCAUAGAAGGGAGUAUGACAGUUAGCACCACGAGAAAGACUUGGGAUCCUUACAUCAUUGUGAAGGCUCGUGACCUCAUCAAACUUCUGUCCCGGAGUGUCCCAUUUGAGCAAGCUAAGAGGGUGCUGGAGGACGAGAUUGACUGCGACAUCAUCAAGAUACGCUCCUUCGUCAGGAACAAGGAGAGGUUUGUUCGUCGCCGUCGGCGACUCGUUGGACCCAGCGGAGCUACCCUCAAGGCAAUAGAGCUGCUGACACAGUGCUACGUGCUGGUCCAGGGCAACACGGUGGCUGGAGUGGGCCACUUCAGAGGACUGAAACAGCUCAGGAAGAUUGUGGAGGACACCAUGAAGAACAUCCACCCCAUCUACAACAUCAAGACUCUGAUGAUAAAGCGAGAGCUGAUGAAGGAUCCACAACUGGCCCAAGAGUCCUGGGACAGAUUCCUGCCCAACUUCAAACGCUCCAAUGUUCAGAGGAAGAAGCCAAAGAAACAGAAGGAGAAAAAGAAGUACACCCCAUUCCCUCCUCCUCAGCCUGAGAGUAAGAUUGACAAAGAGCUGGCAUCAGGCGAGUACUUUAUGAAGGAGGGCCAGCGAAUGGAGAGGAAGAGAGAGCUGAAGAAGACUCAGCAGGUUGAGGCAGAGAGGAAGAGACAAGAAGACAGACAGCGAUCGUUCAAGCCGCCAGUGGAGGGAAAGAAGAAGGUGGAGGGAGAGGAAGAGGGGGGAGGCAGGGUGGAUGUAGCAGAGGUGAAGAGAAAGGUGAAAGAGGCCAUGAAAAGAAGAAAGAAAAAGUGACUUUAUUCAUCGUCAUUGAUGCAAACACCUGUUUAUGACCUUUCACCCGCACGUGCGCAUGCAUUUUACGGCCUUCCUUUGAGGAGAAGAAACAGCGGCUAUGGCUGGCAGAGUGUUCUGUAGCAGACUGCAGCCCGUGAGGCAUCUGGCAAGACGAUCCGCGCUCCAACCGCGCCGCUACCAGAGUGGAGGAGGUGGAGCGGGAGCCACUAACACUUGGUUGGUACUUGCGGCUGCAGGAGCGUCAGUAGCGGCCGCCUACCAGGUAUACACCUCGAACAGAACUAAGCCACUCGUGGAGCAGAAGAAGGAUGCGUAUGCAAAGUCCGGAGCAGUCCACCCAGAAGCUGUGGCUGAGCAGCAGUUGACUCCAUCUUCCACUGAGGCAGCUACAGAGGAGAGUGCCCCACCACCAGAGUCAGAGACUCCACCCCCACCCAUCUCUCUCCCAGACAAGGUUCCAUAUGUGCUCGUUGGUGGAGGGACAGCCUCGUUUGCCGCAGCCAAAGCCAUCAGAGAGAGAGACCCAGCAGCCAAAGUCCUCAUCGUAACUCAGGAGAACUAUUCUCCAUAUAGUCGACCCCCACUCUCCAAACACCUCUGGUUGAGCGGUGAUCACGCUGCAGCGCAACAGCUGAAGUUCAUUGCUCCAUGGUCAGGAGGGAAACUAGUCGAUCUGUUCUACAAUGCUGAUUUCUGCAAGGUCGGAGAGCUAAUGGACAGGGAAGAAGGCGGAAUUGCUGUUCUUACAGGCACAAAGGUGGUCGGCAUGGAUACCAAGAGCGGAUCAAUCUCAUUGGCCGGUGGUCAUGUGAUCUCCUAUGACAAGUGUCUCCUGGCAACAGGGGGAAGACCGAGGACGCUGCCAUUAUUCAGUGGGGAAAAGGUUGAGAAACAUGUGUCCGUCUACAGAGAGAUCCCAGACUUCCUGACUCUGGACCAAAGACUGGAGAAUACCAAGAGAGUGUUGGUUGUGGGCGGUGGCUUCCUUGGCACCGAGCUCGCUGUCGGCAUGGCAACCAGAUACAGGGAAGGAGGCCUGCAGGUGUACCAGUUGUUUCCAGAGUCGGGCAAUCUUGGUCUGGUCCUUCCUCCAGCCCUCGCUUCCUGGACUCUCGAUAAGGUCAAGAAAGAGGGAGUUGAGGUGUUUCCUAAUGUGACUCCGGUCAGUGUGGAGCCAGAGUCUGGUGGAGUUAAAGUCACUACUUCCAGUGGAAUUGAGCUGACAGUGGAUCAUGUGGUAGUGGCGGUGGGUCUCUGGCCCAACACAGACCUUGCCAGUUCUGGGCAACUGGAGGUGGACCGUCAUCUCGGGGGGUUCAGGGUUAACGCAGAGCUACAGGCUUGCUCCAAUGUCUGGGCGGCUGGAGAUGCAGCUUGUUUCUAUGAUCCACAUCUCGGGAGACGAAGGGUGGAGCACCACGACCACGCCCAGGUGAGCGGGAGAUUGGCUGGAAGCAACAUGGCUGGAGACCAGCAGAAAUUCGAACAUCAGUCGAUGUUUUGGAGUGACGUUGGGCCUGACGUUGGUUUUGAAGCCACUGGUGUAGUUGACUCCAGUCUGCCGACCUGUGGAGUCUACCCCAAGACUAGUACGGAGGAGGGUGGGGCGGGUGUUGAUGACUAUUCAAAAGGAGUGGUGUUCUACCUGAGUCGAGAGGAAAGGAGGGUGGUGGGCGUACUGACUUGGAACCUCUUCGGGAAGAUGGACAUUGCUAGGAAGGUUAAGGGUUUGUAUGUUAAAUUUGAGUAUUGAAGAGGUUCGAAUUCGUGUUCUCUGCACAAUUUUUGUGGGCAGUGAUCAGUAAAGCUAUGUAAUUUUUUCGAAAACUUUUUUGUGUGUCUGUGGUGCACAGGUGAUAGCUGAAGGGAAGAAGGAGGGAGAGAUUGGGAGACUGAUGUCCCAGUUUGGUCUGGAGCCUCCGCCCAAACCUCAGCCCCAGCAAUAUCAAUGACAUCAUCACCCACGCUGCGGCAGCAAGCAGCUCCCGUGAUAUAGAGACCAUCUAGCGUUCUUGGAAUAUGUCAUCUUCAAUGUAGAUGUUCAAAAUUAAUGUCUAGUGAAACAAUGUUUGUAAAAUAGUGUGAACUUAUGAGUACUGUCAUCUUCAAUAAAUAGCCAAACCUUGUGUCCGUGAAAUAUAUAGUACCUGUGUUGGUUGCUAUGUAUGUAGAUUUGAAAAUCUCUGCUGUUCUCUAUGCAUGCGGCUACCAGGAAGACUCCACACCGGAUGACCCGCUAUAAAGGUUCCUUGAACAUUCAGAUCUCGGUCCAGGACCACUAUAUCAGCCCUGGCUCCCUUCUCUAGCUGCCCUCUGCUGUCCUCCAGACCCAGGACCCUGGCUGGAUGGAGAGACGCAGCCUCGAGGGCCACUGCCUCUGUGCAGGCCGUGGCACGUCUGAAAUGACGAACACACUCAUCCAUUGUCGCCACACUGCACCGAGGGUGCUAGUUCCUGCCAGUCUCACAGCUCCUCCAGACACCUCAACUCUGCCACCUUCUCCCAGAGAGAAACGGCUCUCUUCCUGACCCCCUCUCACAUCCCCACUCCUCACUCCCAUCCCCGCCAUGGCGUCUGUCACCAGCACUACACCUUCUGGGUGAGCUUUG